AGGGAAAUAAACCAAAUAGGCUGAUCCGAAUGACAGCCGAAAACGUCUAAGUCGGUUCUGACGCCGACCGUAUAUCAUACGAUAUGUACUUAGUUGGUUGGUGGCCUCUUGCCAUAGCUCUAACCGCUAGUUGAUACAGCCAUACGACACUGGAUCAGCCCACAUACCUAAUACUUUCACUAUCGCCGCCAAGCACCUUAAAUACUAUCUUCAUCCGCUGCGCCCAAGAUGUCCCAAUCCACAGGCAAAAUGAAGCUUGCAGUCCUUACUUCAGGAGGCGACAGCGCUGGCAUGAAUGCUGUCGUCCGUGCCAUCGUCAAGAUCGGCAUCUUAAGAGGCUGCGAAACAUGGAUUGUACGAGAAGGAUAUGAGGGGCUUGUAAGGGGUAACACCCAGGCUCAUGCAAUCCAUGCAGACCUUCCAGCUGAUGCAUCUGCAUUAAAAUGUGCUCAUCGGGGAGUACCCACUAAUCUUACGCGGAAUCUCCGUUUUGGAGAUGGUGAUCUUCUACGAGAUGGAACGGGUGACCAUCACCAUGGCCGCACAUUGAAAGGCCGAUAUAUCGUCCGUGUGGGUUGGGAUGAUGUCAGAGGUUGGUUUGCUGAGGGUGGUACUCUCAUUGGAACAGCUCGAUCGGCAGCCUUCCGUACUUCAGAAGGUCGUUUGUCUGCUGCUCACAACCUAAUCAAAGAGGGAAUAGACGCUCUUGCUGUCUGUGGAGGUGACGGUUCCCUAACUGGCGCCGACCUAUUUCGCUCCGAAUGGCCUUCCCUCGUGUCACAACUCCUCACUCAGGGUAUGAUCACAGAAGAGCAAGCAGAGAAGCACGGACAUCUCAAGAUCGUUGGCCUUGUUGGCUCGAUUGAUAAUGACAUGAGCAUGACAGAUCUGACUAUCGGUGCACCGACAGCAUUACACCGUAUUUGCGAAGCUAUCGAUAACAUUAAUUCAACUGCUGCAAGUCAUUCGCGUGCAUUUGUGCUGGAGGUGAUGGGGAGACACUGUGGCUGGCUCGCUUUGCUUGCUGGCGUCAGUUCUGGAGCAGACUUUAUCUUCAUCCCUGAACGCCCGCCCCAGACUAUCCCAGGGGGGACCUGGGAGGAUGACAUGUGUGAAGCCAUUCGUGGCCACAGAGAAGCUGGCAAGCGUAAAACAAUUGUCAUUGUCGCUGAGGGUGCGCACGAUGCGGAUCUCCAACCUAUUCGCGCAGAGUACGUCAAAGAAGUCCUUACUGAACGUCUUGGGCUCGAUACCCGCGUCACAACUCUUGGACACACCCAGCGUGGUGGUAGGCCUUGCGCUUUCGAUCGGAUUUUGCCGACACUACAAGGUGAGGAGGCCGUCAAGGCACUCUUAGAGGCUACGCCCGACACUCCUUCGUACAUGAUUGGUGUAAGGGAGAAUAAAAUAACCCGUGUGCCACUUAUGGAGGCGGCUGAUGCAAUCGGCGCGAAGGACUUUACAAAAGCAAUGUCCAUGCGUGACCCCGAGUUUUACCAGAGCUUGGAGGGUUUCUUCGCCACCUCGACGCUAUUCAAAGAGAAGCAGCUUCCCCAUCACAGAGUAAUACGUCCUUGCACACUACAUCUCACAAAAUAUUGUCUCAUUCUACGUAGCAUGGGUGCCCCUGCUGGCGGCAUGAAUGCAGCUACCCGAGCUGCAGUACGUUACUGUAUCAAGCAAGGUCAUCACCCACUUGCGGUGCACAACGGCUUCCGCGGUCUGCUUGACGACAACAUCCACGAGCUUUCCUGGCUCGGUGUCGAUGCUUGGACCUCCCGUGGCGGUUCUGAGCUCGGCACAAAUCGUACUCUCCCAGACGUUGACCUCGGCGCAGUGGCUGCACGUUUCCAAGAGCAUAACUUCCACGCACUUCUGAUGAUUGGCGGUUUUGAGGCAUUCAACGCGCUGCUGAUCCUUGAGACCGGACGGAAGCACUACCCAGCAUUCCACAUCCCAAUGACUCAUCUCCCAGCUACGAUAUCAAAUAACGUGCCAAUGACGGAGUUCAGCUUGGGUAGCGACACGAGUUUGAAUGCGCUUGUUGAUGCAUGCGACUCCAUCAAGCAGAGUGCAAGUGCGAGUAGGAAUCGAGUGUUUGUGGUUGAGACGCAAGGUGGCAAGUGUGGUUAUCUUGCCACCAUGGGUGCGUUGGCGACUGGUGCCAGUAUUGUCUAUACUCCAGAGCAGGGCAUGAACCUCGAUACCCUUCGCCAGGACGUCAAAUUCCUGAAGAUCCGCUAUGGACUAGAUGCCAAGGGCAAGAGUGAAGGUCGUAUGGUCAUUCGCAAUGAGUGCGCGUCGACGGUCUACACCACUGAUGUCGUGACUAAGAUGUUCAAAGAAGAAGGCGGUAACCUCUUCGAUUCGCGUUCCGCUUCCCUUGGACACACCUUGCAGGGUGGGGUCCCAUCACCUAUGGAUCGCGCACGUGCCGCGCGUCUCUCUCUGCGAUGCAUGACAUUCCUUGAAGAACAUCACGAUGCCCUGCAGAAACAAGUUGGCAAAGUGAAGCAGGCGCCACCUGAGAGCGCUGCAGUUAUCACAAUACAAGGAUCUACUAUUAAGUGGGUGCCGGUUCAGGAGAUGGUGCAACACGCAGAUAUGAAGAACCGCAGAGGAAAGACAGCUUGGUGGGGGGAGAUUAAGAACCUUGUGGAGGCACUGGCUGGACGGCCUGAAAUUUUAUGAGUCGACUGAGGCAAACAGAAAAAUCAGCGUGUCGUACGUAUGUGUUAUCUCUGUAUAUAAAUGUGCAUGGUCUAUUCGCUUUCCGGUUUAUUGAUAGAUGGUUGGUACUUGGUAGUUACAGAUACGGGCAGAAUGAUGUCAUUAUUAUCCACUUAGUCGUUGUCGUUGCCAGCUGGGUGCGUCUGACGCCAACCUUGACAUUGUCCAACUUCUGGCCCACAAUGCGCAGACCUCAUCGUGGGUCAGGACUUGGUAACGAUUUGAGACCGUGCAAUGACGACAAGUGAUUACAGGCAGCCAAAGCCACAGUGUAAGCAGGUGUGGCCAUUUGUCUUGUGGAUGACUAGCAUUCGGUAGCCACAAUUGUAAAUGGACAGAUCACAAGAGUACGUAUGGGCGCCAUUGUGUCCCAGCAUGAUGGUCACAUCGGAGAAUCGAAGCUGGUGACCACAACCACUAUAUGAACAAGAGCAUAGAACAAAGGCGGAGU